UAGUUAGUUUGUCUAUUUGUUAGUUAGUUAGUUAGUUAGUUUGUCUGUCUAUCUGUCAGUCAGUCUAGAUCUAGAUGAAAACUAUCAGACACAUUUACUGACUGAUUAUAUGAUGAGAGAGAUUUGUUCCGGUGGAUCUAAAUGUGUUUCCAAGGUCGUUCAGCAUAAAAGAUCAGUUCGACGACAUCGAUCAGGAAGUUCAGGAAAAACCGCAAGAGAAGAGAAGUUUGGUUGUUCCUGUUCACAUGAAACAGGAACAGGGAAGUUCAUGUUUGAGGCUGAGUGAUUUACAGUUCACACACACACACACACACAAGUGGUCACAGUGUCGGUUGCGAUGUGACCUUGGUACACAGUUAAAAAGUCAGGCAGCUUCUUAAAGAGACAGACACGUCGCAGUCAGAGAAGGAAGCGACGGCUGUUUCACAUCAAAAUGAAAUGUCCUCCAGCUGUGACUCCGGACGUGCUUCUUUAAAACAUCUUUCUGAACUUACAGCUGAUUCACUUCAGUUGUUGGACGAUUUCACCGUCAGACUCUCAACGAACAACAAAGACAAACCUGCAUGAAAAUAUAGGAUGAGUGUCGUCAUGUGAAAUGAAGGUUCCUGUUGUGGCUCGCCGAGCGUUCAGCAGCUCCGCCGGGCAGCUGAGGAACCGAAUCCGCGAAGCUCAGAAACUCUUCCAGGAAGACAACGGCCUCCCGGUGCACCUGAAGGGAGGAAGCCGCGACGUGCUGCUCUACCGGGCGACCAUGACUCUGACGCUCGCAGGGACCUGUUACUCUGUGUACUCGCUCUUCAAAGCCUCGAUGCCUCAGAAGAAAGCGUAGAGGAGAAGAAAGGCGUCCGGGCUCCGUCCAUCACCUGGAGAACGACGCUCGGCUCCGUCCAACACUAAUGUUUGUCGUGUACAAUUACUUCAGAUUUUGUUUUCAUUUUUAAUCCCCAUUCCUCCUCAUUUCACCAUGGAAACCAUGGAAACGUUUAAGAAAAUGUUGUGAAAUAAAAGUCCCAGAGGAUUAACCACCA